CACUGCCCCGCCAUUCUCUGCACCUCCUCCAUCUCCGACCGCUCUGCUACACACAUGGCAGCUUCGUUUACAAGCCAUCCUUAACCUUGUCUCUUUUAAUUCCUCACUGCACCUGUUUCAGGUUUCCAUUAGUUGGCUGCAUGGUAGAGAACUCCAGAUGCCCACUCCCUCGGAGAUCAAGCACUCUCCUGCUGCUACUAUUCUCUUCCUCUUCCCUAGCUUCUUCUUCUGACGUCUGGUGGAAGUUGUCAUCCACAUCCUACAUACCAACAUUGCAGUGUUCUCGUAAAAAGAGGCCAAGCCUUGGCUGCCGGCAAUGGUGAUCGCCGCACGGGUCAUAAACGAUGUCCUGAGCCUCGUUGUGUUUACUCUGCUAGACUUGCUGGAUGUGUUCCUCUGUUUGGUGUACAAGUUGGCUGAUUACGCGCUGGAGGCCGAGUGGAAGCCCUGUUACUGCUCCUCCGCGCGAGAUAUGAUCCUUGUCGCUGAAAGGAGUGGCUCAAAAGUCCUUUCGUUGACCUCCUCCACCAAGCUGCAACUAGACGAUAUCUCCGACACGCUCUACUCUCGGUCCUCGCUCGUUGCUGAGGUCUCGAAAACCACUGUCAAUGAGCUCCGCAAGCUCAAGCUUUUCGGGCACCGCGGUGCGGUUUCUACAGCUUCUGCCCGCGUCCGGUCCUCCACGGCAACCGCCACCACCUUCACCACUAACUCCACCAUCAUUCACUUGCUCCAGGGCAAGAUUGGCGGCCACAAGCCGCACGCCGCCCGGAGCUGGAUCGACUGUGGCUGUGAAAGUUGCACUCGUUGGAGUUCCCCUUCCGGGUCGCGCGAUACCCUGUUCGUCCAUGCCGAAGGUCCACAAGACGGGAAGAUGGCGGAGGAGGAUGUGCUGUUCAUUCACGGAUUCAUAUCGUCCUCGGCGUUCUGGACAGAGACGGUGUUUCCGAACUUGAGCGAGACAACAAGGUCGAGGUAUCGCCUGUUCGCGGUGGACCUGCUGGGGUUCGGGAAGAGCCCGAAGCCGCCGGACUCCCUGUACACCUUGAGGGAGCACGUCGUCAUGAUCGAGCGGUCCGUCUUGGAUCGCUUCGAUGUCAAGUCCUUCCACAUCGUGGCGCAUUCUCUUGGGUCCAUCCUCGCGCUGGCCCUGGCCGUCAAGCACCCCGGCGCCGUCAAGUCGCUCACUCUUCUUUCGCCGCCGUAUUUUCCAGUGCCAAAAGGGGAGCAGAGGACGCAGUAUGUGCUGCGGCGGGUAGCGCCACGGAGAGUGUGGCCGUUGAUGGCUUUCGGGGCCUCGGUGCUGUGCUGGUACGAGCACAUCAGUCGGACGGUGAGCCUCAUCAUGUGCAAGAACCACCGGCGGUGGGAGCUAGCCUUCAAGUUCGUCACCUGCAACAGGAUUAGAACGUAUUUGAUGGAUGGUUUCUUCUGCCACACCCACAACGCCUCAUGGCAUACCUUCCACAACAUCAUCUGUGGCAGCGCUGCCAAGGUCGAUGGCUACCUCGACGUGGUGAGAGAGCAGCUCAGUUGCGACGUGAUCGUCUUCCACGGAAGGGACGACGAGCUCCUGCCGAUCGACUGCAGCCACGCCAUCCAGUCGAAGGUCCCUCGAGCUCGUGUGAGGAUUGUUGACGAUAAGGAUCACAUAACCAUCGUCGUCGGCCGGCAAAAAGCCUUUGCCAGAGAGCUCGAAGAGAUUUGGAACAAUGCUAGUCGCUGAUAUGAUAUCAACACAUAAAAUAGAAAUACUAUCAUCGCCUUUUUCUUUUUCUGUACUUUAUAUUCUUAAGUAGUUUGAAUUUCUUUCCAAGUACCGAAAAGCUUGCAGCUUCUCGUUAUUCUUUUGCGUUUGCUUGCCAGA